AGAAGGGCCAUGAGUACACGCAGAACUGCAGAGAGUUUGCACUCACGCUCCAUCUUCAUGGUCCAAAGGCAUACAAAUACCUCAGAGAGACUCGACAUUUUCCCCUCCCACAUCCAUAAACAUUACAAAGGUGGCUGCGUUCGGUGGAUGCCAAGCCUGGCCUGAACAAGAUGAUGCUGGAUAUGCUGGAGAGAAGAUGCCAGGGAGACCCGACUAAAUAUGGAUGUGUUUCACUCAUGUUGGAUGCCAUGUCCAUCAAAAAACAUGUGCAAUAUAAUCCACAUACUGAGUCAAUGUCUGGUUUUGUAGACAUGGGUGAUGGAAACAAUGAGAAUGAUGUUGCUUCGGAGGCUCUUGUGUUCAUGGUUGUUGGCCUACAAGGACAUUGGAAGGCUCCCAUUGCAUACUUUCUGACCAGGUCUCUCUCUCCAGAACCACAGGGGGUCCUUCUUAGUCAGGCUUUGGAGGAGCUACAUGCAUUUGGUGGACUGGUGGAAAAUGCUCUGGUCUACAUAGCAGGAUUUGUAGUCAGGCAGAUUCUACGAAAGCUGUCCUGUGCUGUGUGCCGUUGGAGCUUGGUCAGAGAUGCUGUGCCAUCUUCAUUUGACAAGAACUUCCACCUUCUGACCCUGAAAAACAACGGCGGCCUAGUGAUUCCAUCACUAGGCACAGUGAAGGUGCUGAGAGCUGCAGAGAGGGUGAUCCGCCAAGCUUCAACAAUGCAAGCUGAAGCUCCUAAGGUGUCAACAGUGCUACACAUCGUCCGAGGGGAGAUUGGAACGGAGGAUGUAUUUCUGCUUGGGGAACACAUUGAGGAGACGCAGUUUGGCAUCGACAACCACCAUUCGGACUUGCUCUCAUUGGUUGUGUCGGUGUUUCAUAAGAUAAGGCUGCACCACAUUGCCAAACUCGCCUCUCUUGAACUUCAGAAAGGAAGCACGAGAAAGAAGCUCUGUAAAACAGUCCUCUUUCAGGGGUUUUAACCCUAACCCUGGCUGCUUUUUAUUGUAUUUUUGAAUUUCACUAGUUCUGUUCUGUUCAUUUGCCUGUAUAUUUAUAUUUAGUUUAUUUACUGUAAAUAAACAUUCCAUCAGACCUAUGGAAAGAAGGAAGUCAAGCAAAUACUAAUACUUUCAUUUUUACUUGCAUGUUGAGCAUACAGUUUAGAAAUAUGUACCUGAUACCUUUAUGAUUUACAUGCCGCUAUGUCUUUAUAGAUUAUUGACCGGCUGUUUGUUACAAUGAAUGGACGCAAUCCUCGUGCCAAAGGAUACAAAGCUCCCUUGGUUGCUUUUAAUUGGACGGAGAGGAAAGCAUUUUUCACAAAAGCUAGGGAGUACUUGCUCACUUUGGUGACCAAAGAUGUAACCCCCCUUCACCGGUCUAAGAGGUCAAUUCAAAUAGUGUUUGUUAAGUUCAUGCCAUGAGUUCUCCGAUACUCUUAUUUCCUUAUGCAUCGUGUUCCUAAGAUGCUCCGUUGUUCUGUUAUGCAUCGUGUUCCUAAGAUGCUCCGUUGUUCCCUUAUGCAUCGUGUUCCUAAGAUGCUCCGUUGUUCCCUUAUGCAUCGUGUUCCUAAGAUGCUCCGUUGUUCCCUUAUGUUAGUUCUGUUCUGAUCAUUUUCCUGUAUAUUUAUCUAUAUUAUUUACUGUAAAUAAACAUUCCAUCAGCAGA